AUGCCACAGCAUACUCUCCCAGAAGCAAAAAUCCUCGAAACACGUCCUCAGCCGCUCGUCCUUCACCUUCACCCGCCAGUGCCCGUCGCUAAAGUUCCCCUUCUCAGCCUGCCUCCGGUCCCACUCGAGCGCCGCCUUCUGCUUCGACCUCAGCAAACAGUACCUCUGCAGCUCCCCCGGCAUCGCGUCGUGGACCCUCCACCACGUCGCGUGCGCCACGUCACUUGCGAACUCCCUCAGCAGCUCCACAUUCCAGUUACAGUCAUAGUCCCGAAAGCAAAGCCAGGGCUUGAGCCCCAGGUAGUGGAGCACGUAGAGCACGGGCGGGUCGGCACCGAACAUUCGGGUCUUCAUCUCCUUCCUCCAAUCCUCGUCCCCUUCCCAGAAAUGCUUCAAGAAAUUCAUACGCUUCGGAAUUCGGUGCCACCACGUGAAGACCUCGUUGAGGUAGCCUUGAUCCCCACCGUUGUACGACUCGAUCUCGUUUAUAUGGUCCAUCAGGAGUUGGAACGUGCAUUCCGAAGGCUCAAUUACCAUCACGCCCGAGUUGAAGAGCGUGGCGUUGUUCCCCGUGGCAGAAAUCUCUGGCAUCUGAAAAGGGCAGUUAUUAGCUUCGGGCUCGGCUUUGGGGUUGCGAAUGCGGAGGAUGGGAUGGACCUUCCAGCCGGCGGACUCCAGGCCGGCACGGUGAUGUGGGGUGAUGGCAUCAUCGACGAGGACGAUGAGGUCACGAGAUGA